CACGGCCCCGAGGGCGCGAGCCCGCGCCGCCGCCGCCGCCGCCGCGGGUCCCGGACCGCUGUGAGCCCGCGGCGUGAGGCGUGGGAGGGAGCGCGGCUGCCGUCGCCCAGCGCCGCCCCGUAGUCGUCUGCCUUCGCUUCACGGCGCCCAGCCACGGUCCGAGUUCUCUUUGACUGCAAUGGAAAGAGGAAAGAGAAAUUAGAAGUAUUUUUUUAAAUUGUCAUUUGAUUUCUUCAGAGUUAUUGUGGCCUUCUGAACUGCAGAACUGGGGCUCCUUUGCAUCUUCCAGUUACAAAUUCAGUGCCUUCUGCAGUUUCCCCAGAGCUCCUCAAGAAUAACGGAAGGGAGAUUGCGGAAGCAUGAGAAGAUUCUGUAACUGAGAGGCAUUCUUCAAGCUGCUGGAAAAUAUUACAGAAGGAACACCUUCCAAAUUUUGCUUCAAGCUCUGAAAAAAGGAGCACACAGGGGAACCUUAGUCUUGCUUGUGGAUCGAAGCAAAUACUAUCACAGCGAGGAACUGGGACUUUGUGUGCGGACUCCUGGCUUGAUCUUUAUAGGAUUGGGUGUAUGUUGUUGGAACUGGCAGGCCAAGAGGCCCUGAAACCAGCAGGUGCCAUCUAUAUGGAGAAAAGCGGCUGUAGUCCAUUUCCAGUGUGUUGGGCUAAAGAAUAUGACAGAUACCUAGCAUCUAGCAAAAUAAUGGCAGCUGCUUACCUUGACCCCAACUUGAAUCACACGCCAAAUUCGAGUACUAAGACUCACCUGGGUACUGGUAUGGAACGUUCUCCUGGUACAAUGGAGCGAGUAUUAAAGGUCUUUCAUUAUUUUGAAAGCAAUAGUGAGCCAACCACCUGGGCCAGUAUUAUCAGGCAUGGAGAUGCUACUGAUGUCAGGGGCAUCAUUCAGAAGAUAGUGGACAGUCACAAAGUAAAGCAUGUGGCCUGCUAUGGAUUCCGCCUCAGUCACCUGCGGUCAGAGGAGGUUCACUGGCUUCACGUGGAUAUGGGCGUCUCCAGUGUGAGGGAGAAGUAUGAGCUUGCCCACCCACCAGAGGAGUGGAAAUAUGAAUUGAGAAUUCGUUAUUUGCCAAAAGGAUUUCUAAACCAGUUUACUGAAGAUAAGCCAACUUUGAAUUUCUUCUAUCAACAGGUGAAGAGCGAUUAUAUGUUAGAGAUAGCUGAUCAAGUGGACCAGGAAAUUGCUUUGAAGUUGGGUUGUCUAGAAAUACGGCGAUCAUACUGGGAGAUGCGGGGCAAUGCACUAGAAAAGAAGUCUAACUAUGAAGUAUUAGAAAAAGAUGUUGGUUUAAAGCGAUUUUUUCCUAAGAGUUUACUGGAUUCUGUCAAGGCCAAAACACUAAGAAAACUGAUCCAACAAACAUUUAGACAAUUCGCCAACCUUAAUAGAGAAGAAAGUAUUCUGAAAUUCUUUGAGAUCCUGUCUCCAGUCUACAGAUUUGAUAAGGAAUGCUUCAAGUGUGCUCUUGGUUCAAGUUGGAUUAUUUCAGUGGAACUGGCAAUCGGCCCAGAAGAAGGGAUCAGUUACCUAACGGACAAGGGCUGCAAUCCCACACAUCUUGCUGACUUCACUCAAGUGCAAACCAUUCAGUAUUCAAACAGUGAAGACAAGGACAGAAAAGGAAUGCUACAACUAAAAAUAGCAGGUGCACCCGAGCCUCUGACAGUGACGGCACCAUCCCUAACCAUUGCGGAGAAUAUGGCUGACCUAAUAGAUGGGUACUGCCGGCUGGUGAAUGGAGCCUCGCAGUCAUUUAUCAUCAGACCCCAGAAAGAAGGUGAACGGGCUUUGCCAUCGAUACCAAAGUUGGCCAACAGCGAAAAGCAAGGCAUGCGAACACACGCCGUCUCUGUGUCAGGAGUCAGUCACUGCCAACAUAAAGUUAAGAAAGCUAGGCGCUUUCUCCCUUUGGUCUUCUGUUCCCAUGAUCCUCCUUCUACGGAUGAAAUUAGUGGGGACGAAACAGAUGAUUAUGCUGAGAUUAUAGAUGAAGAAGAUACUUACACCAUGCCCUCAAAAAGCUAUGGAAUAGAUGAAGCCAGGGAUUAUGAGAUUCAAAGAGAAAGAAUAGAACUUGGACGAUGUAUUGGAGAAGGCCAAUUUGGAGAUGUACAUCAAGGCGUUUAUAUGAGUCCAGAGAAUCCAGCUUUGGCGGUUGCAAUUAAAACAUGUAAAAACUGUACUUCGGACAGCGUGAGAGAGAAAUUUCUUCAAGAAGCCUUAACAAUGCGUCAGUUUGACCAUCCUCAUAUUGUGAAGCUGAUUGGAGUCAUCACAGAGAAUCCUGUCUGGAUAAUCAUGGAGCUGUGCACACUUGGAGAGCUGAGGUCAUUUUUGCAAGUAAGGAAAUACAGUUUGGAUCUAGCAUCUUUGAUCCUGUAUGCCUAUCAGCUUAGUACAGCUCUUGCAUAUCUAGAGAGCAAAAGAUUUGUACACAGGGACAUUGCUGCUCGGAAUGUUCUGGUGUCCUCAAAUGAUUGUGUAAAAUUAGGAGACUUUGGAUUAUCCCGAUAUAUGGAAGAUAGUACUUACUACAAAGCUUCCAAAGGAAAAUUGCCUAUUAAAUGGAUGGCUCCAGAGUCAAUCAAUUUUCGACGUUUUACCUCAGCUAGUGACGUAUGGAUGUUUGGUGUGUGUAUGUGGGAGAUACUGAUGCAUGGUGUGAAGCCUUUUCAAGGAGUGAAGAACAAUGAUGUAAUCGGUCGAAUUGAAAAUGGGGAAAGAUUACCAAUGCCUCCAAAUUGUCCUCCUACCCUCUACAGCCUUAUGACGAAAUGUUGGGCCUAUGACCCCAGCAGGCGGCCCAGGUUUACUGAACUUAAAGCUCAGCUCAGCACAAUCCUGGAGGAAGAGAAGGCUCAGCAAGAAGAGCGCAUGAGGAUGGAGUCCAGAAGACAGGCCACAGUGUCCUGGGACUCCGGAGGGUCUGAUGAAGCGCCGCCCAAGCCCAGCAGACCGGGUUAUCCUAGUCCGAGGUCCAGUGAAGGAUUUUAUCCCAGCCCACAGCACAUGGUACAAACCAAUCAUUACCAGGUUUCUGGCUACCCUGGUUCACAUGGAAUCACAGCCAUGGCUGGCAGCAUCUAUCCAGGUCAGGCAUCUCUUUUGGACCAAACAGAUUCAUGGAAUCAUAGACCUCAGGAGAUAGCAAUGUGGCAGCCCAAUGUGGAGGACUCUACAGCACUGGACCUGCGAGGGAUUGGGCAAGUGUUGCCAACUCAUCUGAUGGAAGAGCGGCUAAUCCGACAGCAACAGGAAAUGGAAGAAGAUCAGCGCUGGCUGGAAAAAGAGGAAAGAUUUCUGAAACCUGAUGUGAGACUCUCUCGAGGCAGUAUUGACAGGGAGGAUGGAAGUCUUCAGGGUCCGAUUGGAAACCAACAUAUAUAUCAGCCUGUGGGUAAACCAGAUCCUGCAGCUCCACCAAAGAAACCGCCUCGCCCUGGAGCUCCCGGUCAUCUGGGAAGCCUUGCCAGCCUCAGCAGCCCUGCUGACAGCUACAACGAGGGUGUCAAGCCAUGGAGGCUUCAGCCCCAGGAAAUCAGCCCCCCUCCUACUGCCAACCUGGACCGGUCGAAUGAUAAGGUGUAUGAGAAUGUGACAGGCCUGGUGAAAGCUGUCAUCGAGAUGUCCAGUAAAAUCCAGCCAGCCCCACCAGAGGAGUACGUCCCUAUGGUGAAGGAAGUCGGCUUGGCCCUGAGGACGUUAUUGGCCACUGUGGAUGAGACCAUUCCCCUCCUACCAGCCAGCACCCACCGAGAGAUUGAGAUGGCACAGAAACUAUUGAACUCUGACCUGGGAGAGCUCAUCAACAAGAUGAAACUGGCCCAGCAGUAUGUCAUGACCAGCCUCCAGCAAGAGUACAAAAAGCAAAUGCUGACUGCUGCUCACGCCCUGGCUGUGGAUGCUAAAAACUUACUCGAUGUCAUUGACCAAGCAAGACUGAAAAUGCUUGGGCAGACGAGACCACACUGAGCCUCCCCUAGGAGCACGUCUUGCUACCCUCUUUUGAAGAUGUUCUCUAGCCUUCCACCAGCAGCGAGGAAUUAACCCUGUGUCCUCAGUCGCCAGCACUUACAGCUCCAACUUUUUUGAAUGACCAUCUGGUUGAAAAUCUUUCUCAUAUAAGUUUAACCACACUUUGAUUUGGGUUCAUUUUUUGUUUUGUUUUUUUCAAUCAUGAUAUUCAGAAAAGUCCAGGAUCCAAAAUGUGGCAUUUUUAUAAGAAUGAAAAUUGUACGUAAGCUUUUAAGCAUCAUGAAGAACAGUUUAUGUUCACAUUAAGAUAUGUUCUAAUAGGGGAUGGCCAAGGGGUGACAUCUUAAUUCCUAAACUACCUUAGCUGCAUAGUGGAAGAGGAGAGCAUGAAGCAAAGAAUUCCAGGAAACCCAAGAGGCUGAGAAUUCUUUUGUCUACCAUAGAAUUAUUAUCCAGACUGGAAUUUUUAUUUGUUAGAACACCCUUCAGUUGCAAUAUGCUAAUCCCACUUUACAAAGAAUAUAAAAGCUAUAUUUUGAAGACUUGAGUUAUUUCAGAAAAAACUACAGCCCUUUUUGUCUUACCUGCCUUUUACUUUCGUGUGGAUAUGUGAAGCAUUGGGUCGGGAACUAGCUGUAGAACACAACUAAAAACUCUUGUCUUUUUUCACAGAAUAAUGUGCCAGUUUUUUGUAGCAAUGUUAUUUCUCUUGGAAGCAGAAAUGCUUUGUACCAGAGCACCUCCAAACUGCAUUGAGGAGAAGUUCCAGAACCAUCCCCUUUUUCCAUUUUUAUAUAAUUUAUAAAGAAAGAUUAAAGCCAUGUUGACUAUUUUACAGCCACUGGAGUUAACUAACCCUUCCUUGUAUCUGUCUUCCCAGGAGAGAAUGAAGCAAAACAGGAAUUUGGUUUUCUUUUGAUGUCCAGUUACACCAUCCAUUCUGUUAAUUUUGAAAAAAUAUACCCUCCCUUUAGUUUGUUGGGGGAUAUAAAUUAUUCUCAGGAAGAAUAUAAUGAACUGUACAGUUACUUUGACCUAUUAAAAAGGUGUUACCAGUAAA